UCCGGGUUGAGAGGCUGCUCUGGACCGAAGCGGUGGCCGCUGAGCUGGUGCGGGUAAGGGGCCGCGCGGGGCCGGGAUCUGCGGCCAGGGUCGGGCAGCUGAGCGGGCCGGCACCCCUCCUCUGCUCUGCCGGGCAAAGCCGCGGUGCGGCUCGGUCUGGCUGCUCUGUCCCGCAGAAUUCCCCAUCCCCAGCUCGACCCCCUCCCAAAGCUGUCCGGGUCCCGGGAUUCCAGCCCCACUGUGGCCUCCGCCCCUCUUCGGGAUCUCCUCCUCGUAGCAUCUAUCCCUUGGGACUGUCUGGUCCUCUAGAUCCUCCUCGCUUGGAGCCCCUUCCUUGGGACUCCCUCGGCCUCUCUCCUCCAGCGCCCAUCGCUGGUGGCCACCUAGGUCCUAGGAACCGAGCGGUGCUCGCAUCCCGGGUGGCACCCACUAGGCACCGAGCCCUCGCGCCUCCGGCGUCGCAGACAGCUCCCCCCGGGCUCCCCGGCGCCUGUCGCCCGUGCCCCCGUGGGCCUGGCCCCCGGGUUCCGCCCCCAAUCGCUCCGCGCCGGCCGCCGGCCUCCCGGGCUCCGCUCCGCACCGCCCCCGGCGCCAUGGCGUGCAGCCUCAAGGACGAGCUGCUGUGCUCCAUCUGCCUGAGCAUCUACCAGGACCCAGUGAGCCUGGGCUGCGAGCACUACUUCUGCCGCCGCUGCAUCACCGAGCACUGGGUGCGGCAGGAGGCUCAGGGCGCCCGCGACUGCCCAGAGUGCCGGCGCACGUUCGCCGAGCCCGCGCUCGCGCCCAGCCUCAAGCUGGCCAACAUCGUGGAGCGCUACAGCGCCUUCCCGCUGGACGCCAUCCUCAACGCGCGCCGAGCCGCGCGACCCUGCCAGGCUCACGACAAGGUCAAGCUCUUCUGCCUCACGGACCGCGCACUGCUCUGCUUCUUCUGUGACGAGCCCGCGCUGCACGAGCAACACCAGGUCACUGGCAUCGACGAUGCCUUCGAGGAGUUGCAGGCCCUGUGUGUAUUUCAGAGAGAACUGAAGGAGCAGCUUCAGGCCCUUCAGGACAGCGAGCGGGAGCACACGGAAGCACUGCAGCUCCUCAAGCGGCAGCUGGCAGAGACCAAGUCCUCUACCAAGAGCCUGCGGACCACCAUCGGGGAGGCCUUUGAGCGACUGCACCGGCUACUGAGAGAGCGACAGAAGGCCAUGCUGGAGGAGCUGGAGGCAGACACCGCCCGCACACUGACUGACAUUGAGCAGAAGGUCCAGCGUUACAGCCAGCAACUGCGAAAGGUGCAAGAGGGGGCCCAGAUCCUGCAGGAGCGGCUGGCCGAGACUGACAGGCACACUUUCCUUGCCGGAGUGGCCUCUCUGUCUGAAAGACUCAAGGGGAAGAUCCAUGAGACCAACCUAACGUACGAAGACUUCCCAACCUCCAAGUACACAGGCCCCCUGCAGUACACCAUCUGGAAGUCUCUUUUCCAGGACAUCCACCCAGUGCCAGCUGCCCUGACCCUGGACCCAGGCACUGCCCACCAGCGCCUGAUCCUGUCGGAUGACUGCACCAUCGUGGCCUACGGGAACCUACACCCACAACCACUGCAGGACUCACCGAAGCGCUUUGACGUGGAGGUGUCAGUGCUGGGCUCUGAAGCCUUCAGCAGCGGUGUCCACUACUGGGAGGUGGUGGUGGCAGAGAAGACCCAGUGGGUGAUUGGGCUGGCUCACGAGGCUGCUAGUCGCAAAGGCAGCAUCCAGAUCCAGCCUAGCCGUGGCUUCUACUGCAUUGUUAUGCACGACGGCAACCAGUACAGUGCCUGCACAGAGCCCUGGACGAGGCUCAACGUCCGUGACAAGCUUGACAAGGUGGGUGUCUUCCUGGACUAUGACCAGGGCCUCCUCAUCUUCUACAAUGCCGAUGACAUGUCCUGGCUCUACACCUUCCGAGAGAAGUUCCCUGGCAAGCUCUGCUCCUACUUCAGCCCCGGCCAGAGCCACGCCAAUGGCAAGAACGUCCAGCCACUUCGGAUCAACACCGUCCGCAUCUAGUCUGGGCAGAGGGAGACCAAAGCCUACUGGGGCUAUGACCACCAGCAAGAGCCUUGCCUGACAGACGGAGGGCCUGUACUACUCAGGCCCGCCGUGGCCACCCUGAGACCUCAGGCCAAUUGUUUCUCUCCCAGGCUCCUCUUUCCUGUCUGUGGGCUGGAGAUUGUGCUCUGUGGUUGAUAUCCUGUACCUCUGAUCUUAAUGGGAUAUGACAUGGCUUCUCCCCAGGGCAGCCCUUACCCAACCCUUCAUCCCCAUUCUCCCAGGGACAGAAAAUCUCCCUCCUCCUGCCCAGCUAACCUAGCAUCAUGACAGAUCAGAUGUGAUCAGUAGCUAGCAGCCCAAAAGGUAUACAGAAUCCUCUUAUGCUUAUGGCCUAAGAGUUGACUCACCCUUGACCAGGAAAGUUCUGGUCCAUUUUACUCUUGAUCUAAGUCCACAGAGGACACAGGCAGAAGCUGGUUCUGGGAUUAUUUGAGGGUCAUCCUCUCCUGCCACCUGUGCACCAAGCCAAAAGCUGUGGCUUUCCUCCUCUCUCACUAAUCUGCCAGUCACACAAGAUGGACAGCCCACACCAUGCCACUACCUUCUAGCCCAUGGAUUCUGAGGCAGGGUGAGGACUACAGACCCUAGAAGCCAAUAUAGAACACUGUCAGGACAGAGCACCAGUGGAUGAUCCACGUCCCCAACGGCCUCUGGGGUCAGAGGUCCUACAAUCCUUGUCAACCUGGCCUCUGACCUGCUACAUGGACAAAGAGGGUGUUAGCAGCAGUUGUUUCUGUCAGGACCUGAACCCCAGGAAGGCUGUUAUUGGGUACCACCUUGGACUUGACAUCUGGCUCCCUGAGGAUUCGGAUACACAAACAAGAGCCACUUUGGUUGACUUCAUUAGACAAGAAUUUGCAAUCAGCUCCCCGGUGGCUUGCAAGAUCACUGAAAGGGCUGGAGGAGGAGAGCCUUUACUGAGUUUCCAGGAACAACUCCCAACAGCUAGAGGGGUUGUGUCUUGUGACCAGAAACACUGCUUCCAUUUCCAGCUGCCCCAUAAGCUGCUGACUGCCACCAUCCAUUCCAGCAAGUGGUUGUCCGAGCCUGCCCCACCCCCUCUCAACUCAGGUCCCAGUUCUACAUCUUUCAGAGGAAUUCUUUUUUUGUGAAAACUUUGAGUCCAAACCCAGACUUUGACUGCAAAGCAGUCUGGGAAAUGUAGUUUUUUUUCUUCCAGACUCAACCACAGACAAAAGUUAGCAUGGAGGUGGAACAGGCCCAUCCACAAUUUCCUUACCAAUGAAUCCAACUGUGAAGAACUCAGGAGAAUCCAUGAAUCCACCUCAAGGCCUUGGCUUUGAAGCAGAACUGCUAAAAAUGUCCUGCUCCAUGGCUCUGUCCCUGCCUGUCCCUUCCCAGAGGCAACAACCUAAGGAGUAGGUGGCAUCAGAAAUACAGACAAAAUGGCUCCCCAGCCUCAGCCUUCCUUUGUUGUCCUGGGCCGUCAAUUCCGUACUUGGGAUUCAGUGAGCAUGCCCAUCUCCAGGGAGCCAGAAUGAAUGAACUUGAGGGGCCCCCACUCACAACUGCCAUGUGCUAGGGCCUCCCUGAGCAAGAGAAAUCCUGAGGCCUACUUGCCCUCUCCACUCCCAGACACCAGGCCAUGCCUGGCAGUAUUUUUAUUUAAAACAUGGCCCUUUUUGUGCAUUCUGGUCGGUUUGUAUUAAAUUAAAGUUACAGGGCACAGGU